GACACUACUGCUGCUGCCGCUCCCACCCGCCACAGCCCACCGCCGCGUCCACGUCGCUCGUCAGUAGUGUAGCAUUGAAGCUUCCAUGCCGCUCCACGGUGCCGCCUCCUAACUCUGGGACGCCAUUAAAACAAGCCCCGGGUCACUCUUCUCGGCUCCUACCCCCACGCACUAGCCGUGUUUCGCGCGCGCCAUGGGCACCGCCGCGCGCCCGCGCGGCGCCGCCGCCGCCGAGCCGCUGAAGCAGCGCGUGAACCGCUGCCUCCUCAGGCUGUCCGACCGGGACACGGAGGCCAUGGCUGCCGCCGAGCUGGACGCCAUCGCGCGCACGCUGGGCGCCGACGAGCUCGCGGCCUUCGUCUCCGCCGUCUCCGACGCGCGGCCCACCGACAAGGCCCCGCUCCGCCGCCACACGCUCCGCCUCCUGGCGCUCCUCGCCGCCUCCCAACCGCGCGACGCCGUCGCGCCCCUCGUCCCGCGGAUCCUCGCCGCCGCGCUCCGCCGCGUCCGCGACCAGGACUCCUCCGUCCGCGCCGCGCUCGUCGACGCCGCCCGCUCCUCCGCCGCCGCCGCCUCCUCCGCCUCCGCCGCGCUCAGCCCGCUCGCGGACGCGCUCCUCCACGAGCAGGACCAGUGCGCGCAGCUGGCCGCGGCGCUUGCCAUGGCCGCCGCCGUCGAGGCCUCGGCCCUCACCGCCGACCUCGCCUCCUACCUCCACAGGCUCCAGCCCCGCCUCCUCAAGCUCCUCCGCAGCAACGCCUUCAAGGCCAAGCCCGCGCUCAUCACCCUCAUCGGCGCCUCCGCGGCCGUGGCCGGCGCCGCCGAGGUCACCGCUUCUAUCCCCUGCCUCCGCGACGCAAUCGGCAGCGACGACUGGGCGGCCAGGAAGGCCGCCGCCGAGGCGCUCGCCGCAUUGGCCUUGGAAUACAAGGAUCUUCUCUUGACCUACAAAUCCUCUUGCAUUGCCUAUUUCGAGGCCAGGAGGUUCGACAAGGUCAAGAUUGUGCGGGAGUCGAUGAGCAGGAUGAUUGAGGCCUGGAAGGAGAUACCUGAUGUUGAAGAGGAAGAAUUUUCCUCUUGUACGGCGCCGGUGUCGCAGUCACAACGACGGUCUUCUGUUGCAGGAAGUGCAAGUGGUGGGGGAUAUCCAACUGCUUCGUUAGGCUCAAACUCAGUUCAAUCGGCGACGAGGAGGAAUAGACCACCGACGGGCAGGUCGCCUCCUCCUGAUGUGUCACCUGGUGCUGCAAAAAGGCACAGCCCUUCAUCCAUCAGAAACAAGAAGCUUUCACCGCCUUCAUACCGCAAGGUGGGCCAAGCUAAGAGCUCUGGCUACAAGGAUGAAAUUGCCAUUGCACCGGACGCCACCCCUAUCAAAGAGGUGACAGAGGAGAAGCUUCUUAAAGGAAAUAAUACGAGAUCAAGACUGGAAUCAAGGAGGGCACUUUUCCAGGGCAGCGAGGAGAGGACGGCGAAGUUGGCUGGACAAAGAGCGGGGUCACGAGUUGUUCCAUACGAGGGUGGUAACUUGGAAGAGAUUUCUGAAGUUGAAGGUGGACCAGAGAGGUUCCAGUCAGGUCACAAAGAUGAGGGCUUGUUAGAGAUCAAGUCUCAGCUACUUCAGAUUGAAAAACAGCAAAGCAGUUUACUGGAUCUUCUCCAGAAAUUUAUGGGGAAAUCUGAGAAUGGCAUGAAUUCUUUGGAGACAAGGGUUCAUGGGCUCGAGAUGGCAUUGGAUGAGAUCUCUCGUGACUUAGCUGUUUCUUCAGAAAGAAUGUCAAACAGUGAACCACGGCUGAACAGUUGCUGCAUUCUGAGCCCAAAAUUCUGGAGAAGGCAUGAUGGUGGUAGAAACUCUUCCAGAUUUUCAUCCUCUGAUGUCCCAAACAGCUCGGAAGGGAGCAGAACUUCUUACAAGUGGGAAAGGCAGAAGUUUGGAGUUCAGGGUGGAUUUAUCACCAACCCGUUAGCCGAGCCAAACAUUUCAUCUGUUGGAGGAACUGUAGUUACUCAAGAAGGCAGGAGAAAGGAGUUGGCUUUACAGAAGUCAAGGAUGGGUUAGGCAUGAUAAAGACCGUUUUGUUUGAUGUGAGAACUGCUCGAGUUAGAUAUAGAGCACAGAAGCACCGACAGAGAUAUGAUUCCCCUUUCCCGCUUCUGCAACUUUUGGAAGGAUUUUCGCCUUUACGGGAGCUUGAAGCAUGUGGUGUACAUAAAUCAUGGAGGUCUUAGUCUAUGCGUGCAAACUUAAAACCCCUGAACCGGGCAUCAAGUCUGAAGUAGAUCUCUGCUUCUGGAGCUGCAUCCUGACAUGGGGUUCUGAAUUUCUGGUCACACCACCUCGCUCAGGAUAUUGAAGAUGCAGCAACGCAGACUAUCUUCAUCAGAAACCUGCUUUCAGAGUUUGGGGCAUGAGAACGGCCAUUUUCUUUCGCCCCCUUGUACUUCAGAACGGCUAUUUCUUUUGUGUAAGAGGGUAGCAGUCAUGGUGUAUCUCGGUGAGGAACGUAUGGAUGUAUAUAUAGUUUGGAUAAUAAAACAACUUGCCCGUGAGCCUCCUUGUUAUCAGUUA